AUCGCAUCACGUAAAUUCGCUAUUGAAACGUCAUAAAAUGUGGUUAUGUCCAAUAUAUCAUUAAUUUAAACACAUUUUAAGAUCAUAUAAUUGAUUUAAUUGUAUAGGUUUAUGUUUAUUACUCUUAUUAGGAUAAUACGCGAUGGAUGAUUUCUUUAGUUCGGAUGAUGUAUCCGAUUCCGAUUUGGUAGCGCAAUGGCUAAACACCGCCGCUGUAUCUCAAUCUCCAGCGGAGAGACUCGAAAUAUUUCACAAAAUCCAAGAAGUACUCACCCGAAAAAGUCCUUAUUUACUUAAUGAAUAUUUGGCGAACGUUUUAAGUUUUACAACCGAUCGAAACAGCGAUGUUAGAAAAGCGCUGGUUGGGUUUAUCGAAGAUAUUUGCAAACAAGAUGAAAAUAUGUUGAUAAAAGUUAUGGAAACUUUGUAUAUGUUGCUUUACAAUGAAUCUGUUCCUGUUCAAAAAAGGGUUAUUCAAGCUACGAUCACGAUUUAUCGUCGCGCGUUGAGUUGGUUGUGUAAAGUUAAUGUUAUCACAAAAGAAAUGGAAGAAUGUUGGGUUCGGUUAAAUACAAUUAAAGUAGAAAUUGUGAAUAUGAUUGAUAGUGAUAACGAUGGGAUUAGGACAAGUUCUGUUAAGUUUUUAGAAUGUGUUGUUCUUUUGCAAUCAUAUCCUGAUCCAAAUGAAAAUCGUCCUACAACUGAUUUUUCUUUGGAUGAUGUACCAUUAACUUUAAAAGUGGCUCGGAGAAGGAAAUUAGAAGAAGAAGCUAAUAAUAUUUUUGCUUUAUUAAUAAAAUUUAUUGGUUCCCAACACGUAAGUAGCGCAAAUUUAUUCGCAUGCAUUGGAGCUUUAACGAAUAUUGGGAAAAACCGACCGGUUUUCUUGGAACAAGUCAUAAAUUCAAUUGAAAAACUCCUAUUAAAUUUACCUCCAACUUUAAGCACCACCCAAGUCAACUCUGUUCGAAAAAAAUUAAAAUCUGAAGUUUCUGGCUUAUUAAAACACAACACUGGAAGUGAAUAUCAAGAAAAAUUAACAACAAUGUUAACUGAGUUGGGUUGCUCCCAAUCAGAAAUAACCAAAAUGAUCCCAAAAGAUUCAAUUGAUAAAAAACGCUUACCUAAAAGAUCAUUACAAACAACUGAAACUGAACAAAUUCCUAAAAAAGCCCGUUUAGAAAUUGAAACUGAUCUAGGCGUUCAAGAAAAACAAAUAUCAGCAAUCGAAUUAAACACUCACUAUAUCAUUGAUAAUCUCCCAAUUACAGCAGCCGUUUCAAUGGUUUUGAGUGGUUUCGUAAAUCUCCCUGAUUCAAUGCCAUUACAAUUUAAAAACGAUUACGCCGAUAUGUUAAAAACUUCCCCUUCAGGCGAUAUAAAAAUGAUCGCUAAAAUAUUAGCACAUCAAUUUGUUGAAGUUGGAGUUGGACCUGGAUCAAAAAUUAUUGGAAAAUCAACAUUACUGGUUAAGUUACCAUGGAAAAUUCCUGAAGAAGAGAAAAAAGAUGAUAAAGUAGAGAAAGAUAAGAAUGAUAAACAAGAUAAAGAAAAACACCAACAACAACCCCAACCUGUUCCGCCACCCAAAAAGGAACGAGUUAAAGUACCGCGAAUAAAAACUUUAAAAUUGGCUGAAAUAACGAAACCUUUGGAGAAAGAGGUGAAGGAAAAUUUGCUUUCGGGGGCGAUUAAACGAAUUUUACAGAGUAGUUCUAAAGGGGUUGAUCCUUUGGGACAAAAAAUUAUUGUUACGGUUGCUUCAACGUUUAACGAAAUCGUUCGAGAUCAAGUUUUAACAUAUUUAUUGUCCGAUUUACGUAAUCAAAUUGAUUUAGCGUUGGCGUGGUUGUAUGAAGAGUAUAGUAUUAUGCAAGGUUUUACCCGGUUACCAGAUUUACGUAGAAAUAGUCGUUUAGAUCAAAGUUACACCACUCUACUUCAUGCCUUCGUAAACGCAUCAGCUCAUGAUCCAAUAAUCCUCUCAAGAUUACUAUUAGAAGCACCUUCAGUAACCGAACAGGUUCUUGAUCAACUUUGUACGAUAUGUCGAGAUGAAACUCGAUGUAAUUGGGCAAUGGGACUUCUUCGCGAUUUGAUUAUUAGAAGACCACCACGUCAAACGAUGUAUUUAAACGCUUUACUAUGUCAUUGCACCCAUGAAAAUCAAAUAAUCCGCGAUUGCGCCGCUGGACAUAUGAUUGAUCUUUAUAAAGACCCGAAUUUAAGAACAAGCAUUGAGAAAUAUACCACGAAAAUGUUGGAAUAUUUACAAGAACCACAACCGACCCCAAAAUUAUUCGGGAUGAAUCAGGGUCGAUUGGAAGGUUUAGAAGUAUGGACUGAUGAUAUAGCUAAAGCUUGUCUUCAACCUUACAUCACUUUACUUCCACAAAACGAUCAACUAAUCCAUAAAUUAACCAAAAUUUACAUUCAAGCAAACGCUGAUAUUAAACGAAUUAUCUUAAGAUUGCUCGAAAAUCCAAUUCGAUUGAUGGGAAUUGAUUCUUCAGAAUUGUUAAAAUUAGUUGAGGAGUGUCCGAAGGGAGCUGAAACAUUAGUAACUAGAGUGAUACAAAUUUUAACAGAUAAAGGACCACCAAGUCCGCAAUUGGUACAAAUUGUAAGGGAUUUGUACAAUAGUAGAGUCUCAGAUGUGAGAUUUUUGAUCCCAGUCUUGAAUGGAUUGAAUAAAAAAGAGGUUAUCGCAGCGUUACCUAAAUUGAUUAAAUUAACUCCGGUUGUGGUACGUGAGGUUUUUAAUCGAUUAUUAGGAGCGCAUGGUGAAAGUAAUAUCACCGCAACGGAACUUUUAGUUGCUUUACACGUCAUCGAUCAAAGUAAAGUUGAUUUAAAAACGAUUUUAAAGGCGACAUCUAUGUGUUUAUCUGAGAAACAGAUAUUUACACAAGAAGUUUUAGCUGUUGUACUUCAACAAUUAAUGGAUCAACCCACUUUACCUACUUUAUUGAUGCGAACUGUCAUUCAAGCAUUGACGUCAUAUCCGAGACUUUCCGGUUUCGUUAUGAAUAUAUUGCAGAGAUUAAUUUUAAAGCAAGUGUGGAAAAAUCGCGUGGUUUGGGAAGGGUUUGUAAAGUGUUGUCAACGAACAAAACCUCAAAGUUUCUCGGUUUUAAUGCAACUUCCGGUUCCUCAAUUAAUUGAAGCUUUAGAAAUGUGCGUAGAAUUGAAGGUUUCAUUGAAAGAGCAUUUGAUGACGUUUUCGGAAAGCCAAAGAUCUCACAUUCCUGUAGCGGUUCAAGAUGCUAUUUUGGGGCCUGAACAACCUCCGCCGAUUUCACCGACGAUUACCACGCCAACGGAAAAACUUACGGAUUCAACAACAAUCCUUAACGAGCCUUUACCACCAGGAAUGGAAUAAUUAAAACAUUAAUUUAAAAAAUUAAGAAAAUUUAAUUAAUUAAAUAAUAAGAAUUUGU